AUGAUCAAGUCGCCGAGGACCAGUGAAGAGGGUAAGUCCGUCCUGUGCCUGUCGCCGCACGAGAAGCUCAGUACUGUCCGUCAUAAGCGGUCGCAGCCGUCCAAGUCGUCGGCAAUAGGUGGCGACGAUCGAGACGUACACACGAAGAAGACAAAGCAGCAGAAGGUGCGCCACGAGGAGGGCAGCUACAAGGUACAGCAGGACCGAGACGUCGUUGCUCUGCAUGGCACAAGAGAUGGCAUGGGAGCAGAUAUAGCGGUGGCAGUGAGUGCCAGUGACGACUAUUACGCGCGCGCGAUGGACUUUGACGACAGUUUGAACCAGGACAUUGACUGGGUGGACCACAACGAGAUGGACCUGACGCUCAGCAUGGACGCGCUGGCUCAGGAGGACCCCCACCACCACGACGGCACGGACUUUGGCUUCCACCCGUCCUUCUUGCGGGGCAGUGGCUUGGAAUUCGAAGAUUCGGCCGAGAUGGCGUCGACCUUUGUUGAUCCCGUCUACAUCCGCUUGGAGUCGAGCACGAACGCCAAGGACGCCGAGAAGCUCCUCAUGAGCUUUGACACGAUGAACUUUACGAUCCCGUCGCCAACGAGCGCUUCAAGCAGGAAGCGUGUGGGUCUCUUUGUCGUCGAGAAGGAAGCAGAGAAUGUGCAGGAAGAUACGUUGACCAGACGUACGUCGACAGCCGUGGACACUAAAGCUGCUGCUGCUUCUUGCUCUCAGACAGCCAAGUCGACCCCUGCAAAAUCGGAGGAGCCUCAGACGCAGCAGGUGCAAGGGUCUGCUGCAAGUAGCUGCACCUCCUCGCUAUCGGUCAGUUCGUCCGUGGACCCGGUACUCAGCGUGUUGAACAUCGAGACGACUGCGCCAUCGUCAAGUGCGUUGGGAAAGAAGAUUGGCGCGUAUAGUCCAGCAGCACGGAAGCUACGGCUGCAAAAGUUCCACGAGAAGCGCAAGAACCGCACGUGGAAGAAGAGCAUCAAGUACGACUGUAGGAAGAAACUGGCAGACGACCGUCCGCGUAUCAAGGGCCGGUUCGUGCGCGUGGGGCUCGAGACCAGCAGCGACACAAAGGCCGACGUGGUGCCAUCGUCGACGGCUUCAGCUUCGAUCGAGUAUCCGUUUUCGACCUCUGCUGUCGACGCAAUGGCUUCACCAGCGAUGCCUCCUGCACACACCAUCAAGUCCCACGUGACGCCCUCGAGUCUGUCGUCACUGGCAUCAGCAGCAAAGCAGGCUUCGGCUUCCGUGGCCAAGUCGGCGUCCGUCGCAGCACCAGUAACAAGUGCAGCAGCAGUAGCAACAACAGCAGCAGCAGCAGCUCUGCCGUUCGCGCGGAUGAUUGCAAGUGUGUGA